ACAUAUAGAUGAUCUGACAUUCAGUCACAAAGAGAUGAAAGAUUAACUUUAAGUGAGAAACAACCAAUCAGAAGACUGUGUUUGUUUGCUUAACUAAACUAUAAUAAUGUACAUGAAAAUAUAUAAAUAUGCUUUGAUUUCCUUAAUAAACGAUCUGUUACCUGGAUGUUGUAUUCUCCUGUUACACUAGUUCCACCUAAUGGACACUAACGGAAGUUCACGACUUCACGUGGAUAAUUCGGAGGUUGUCGUACUCAGUUCAGGAGACGAAGAUGAGUUACAAAAUUCUCAUGAAGAAGACUCGAAUAGUGUUGCAUUUCUUGAUGGCGAUGAAGACGAUAAUGAUGAAUCUGCCGAUAGUGAUUGUGAAAUUAUGAGUGUUGAAGAUUUAAGAGGAGAAGAGAAGUGGCGUGAUAUCCAAAGGCCUUACGAGAGAUUAAACAGCCUUAUACAAGCUGGAUUCAGUGAUCCACGUAUGUUGUUGGUUCAGGUAUUCGGUAUGGAUGAAGACUCUCUGCCUUCUGAUCCCAAUCACUUGUUAAGCUUAUUAUUAACAAUUUUGGCUGAACCUACCCCACGUCAUAGACUGCGUCAUAUAAAUAGUUUAGAUAACGUUCUCGCACUUCUGUCCACUUCCACAUCAAUUUUGGUAAUCACUGGGGCUGGGAUUUCAGUGUCAUGUGGCAUACCCGAUUUUCGCUCGCGUGAUGGUAUUUAUGCACGAUUGGCUCGUGAUUUUCCUGAUCUAUCAAGUCCACAAGCAAUGUUCGACAUGUCCUACUUUACAAAGAAUCCCGUCCCUUUCUUCAAAUUUGCAAAGGAGCUGUUCCCUGGACAGUUUACGCCUUCGAUUACUCAUCGAUUAAUUGCUCUAUUGGAGUCCAAAGGCAAAUUACUGCGUAACUACACACAGAACAUCGAUACUCUGGAACAAGCAGCUGGAAUAACGCGACUUAUUCAGUGUCACGGUUCAUUUGCUACUGCUACAUGCACAACAUGCAAACGUAAAGUUUCAUGUGAUUCUAUCAAAGAGGCUGUAUUCGCUCAAUCUAUACCACGGUGUACAAAUUGUUGGCCACCCAAGUCGAAUACACCAGAACCAUCAGAUGAAGUUGACGACUCAGAAUCCACUACUAAUUCGUCAAAUCCCUCUGUUGUAGAUGAAAAUUCCAAUUCCAAUCAUACAUCUCAUGGUGCAGCUUCAAAAGUUAAAUCCCUUAAGGAUGGAGAAUCUCGUAGAAAAGCAUCUUAUGGUGUAUUAAAACCAGAUAUUGUAUUUUUUGGUGAAGGUUUAUCUAGUGAAUUUCAUGAUUCCCUUGCAUAUGAUGUAAAGGAAACUGAUCUGGUUCUGGUUAUGGGGUCAUCGUUGAAAGUACGACCUGUAGCUCAUAUACCAAAUGCUGUUCCCAGUGGAAUCCCUCAAAUAUUGAUAAAUAGGGAACCUUUAUCAAACCAUGAUUUUGAUGUUGAAUUGUUAGGAGAUUGUGACGUAAUUGUUAGUGAGUUAUGCCAUCGGCUAGGGUGGGAGAUUCCAGGAGUUACAAAUUAUACACCUCUUGUUGAAGUUCCACUGAAUUCCUUAAAGAUUCCCACUGAAUUACUAAAGUCCAUCCCAAAAUCCCCAGAUGCAUCUCAAUCCAAUCCUACUACAGGAAGCAUAGCGCCAAUAGAAUUACCAAGUGACGAAUCUCAUGCAGAUAGUGAAAUACAGUCCACUGAAACAAUUUCUGAUUCAGAUGAAGUUUCUAAGGCGGAGAAAUGUUCAGAUGUGAUUGCCCAGGAUUCCUCAGAAGAUCACACUGCGAUUGGAGUCAGUGAAAAUGAAGACAAAAAUUGUGUAUGGGAGGUAGCAUCACAUUUACCACCCGGGACAUAUACCUACAUCUGUCCGAAUCAGUACGUUUUUCAUGGUGCUGAAAUAUACCUAGAAGGGAAACCAGGUGAACUGACUAUAUCGUGUAGUUCUUCAGAUGAAACUUCAUCUCAUACAUCCCAGUUGUCACCGUGUACAUUGUUCUCAGGUCAUGAAGAAGAUGAGGACUUGGAAAAAUCAGUUGAAAUUCUUGAUAACGAGGAAGAGGAAUAUGUUUCAUCGGAGACAACAGAUAGUGAGAAUUGUAGUAUUCAGUCUUCAGAAUUUCGAAUAUCUUUAAAAAGACAAAAUUCUCCUGAUCGAGCCGGGACAUAUACCUACAUCUGUCCGAAUCAGUACGUUUUUCAUGGUGCUGAAAUAUACCUAGAAGGGAAACCAGGUGAACUGACUAUAUCGUGUAGUUCUUCAGAUGAAACUUCAUCUCAUACAUCCCAGUUGUCACCGUGUACAUUGUUCUCAGGUCAUGAAGAAGAUGAGGACUUGGAAAAAUCAGUUGAAAUUCUUGAUAACGAGGAAGAGGAAUAUGUUUCAUCGGAGACAACAGAUAGUGAGAAUUGUAGUAUUCAGUCUUCAGAAUUUCGAAUAUCUUUAAAAAGACAAAAUUCUCCUGAUCGAGGUCCAUCAGCAAAACGACCUCGAUCGCUAUGA